AUGGCUGUGGAGGAUGCCUUCAACACAACAUGGCUGUGGAGGAUGCCUUCAACACAACAUGGCUGUGGAGGAUGCCUUCAACACAACAUGGCUGUGGAAGACGCCUUCAACACAACAUGGCUGUGGAAGACGCCUUCAACACAACAUGGCUGUGGAAGACGCCUUCAACACAACAUGGCUGUGGAGGAUGCCUUCAACACAACAUGGCUGUGGAGGAUGCCUUCAACACAACAUGGCUGUGGAGGAUGCCUUCAACACAACAUGGCUGUGGAGGACGCCUUCAACACAACAUGGCUGUGGAGGAAGCCUUCAACACAACAUGGCUGUGGAGGACGCCUUCAACACAACAUGGCUGUGGAGGACGCCUUCAACACAACAUGGCUGUGGAGGACGCCUUCAACACAACAUGGCUGUGGAAGACGCCUUCAACACAACAUGGCUGUGGAAGACGCCUUCAACACAACAUGGCUGUGGAAGACGCCUUCAACACAACAUGACUGUGGAAGACGCCUUCAACACAACAUGGCUGUGGAGGACUCCUUCAACACAACAUGGCUGUGGAGGAUGCCUUCAACACAACAUGGCUGUGGAGGAUGCCUUCAACACAACAUGGCUGUGGAGGAUGCCUUCAACACAACAUGGCUGUGGAGGAUGCCUUCAACACAACAUGGCUGUGGAGGAUGCCUUCAACACAACAUGGCUGUGAAGGAUGCCUUUAACACAACAUGGCUGUAG